UUACAGGGACACAUGGAAUCCGACACUGGGACCAACAGAACAGCUCUUACAGAGUUCAUCCUGCUGGGCCUAGUACAAUCAGAAGAGCUCCAGCCUGUGGUCUUUGUACUCUUUCUCUUUGCGUACAUGGUCACACUUGGGGGCAACCUCAGCCUUCUGGCAGCCAUCUUGGCAGAACCUAAACUCCACACCCCCAUGUACUUCUUCCUGGGGAACCUAUCAGUCCUAGAUGUUGGGUGCAUUACUGCCUCUGUUCCUCCAAUGUUGUAUCGUCUCCUGUCACACAAACGCACAAUUUCCUAUGGUGCCUGCCUCUCACAACUCUUCUUCCUGCAUCUUUUGGGUGGAAUGGACUGUUUCCUGUUGACAGCCAUGGCCUAUGAUCGCUACCUGGCCAUCUGCCAGCCCCUCACCUAUAGCACCCGAAUGAGCCAGGGAGUCCAAAGGGUAUUGGUGACCGUGUCUUGGGCUUGUUCAUUCACCAAUGCACUGACCCACACUGUUGCCCUAUCCACUCUUAACUUCUGUGGGCCUAAUGAGGUCAAUCACUUCUGUUGUGACCUCCCACAACUCUUUCAGCUCUCCUGCUCCAGUACCCAACUCAAUGAGCUGCUGCUUUUUGCUCUUGGUUUCAUGAUGGCAGGUAUUCCUGUGCUUCUCAUCAUCACCUCUUACAUCCACGUGGCUGCUGCAGUUCUACGAAUCCGUUCAGUGGAGGGCCGGAAGAAGGCUUUCUCUACAUGUGGCUCCCACCUCACUGUAGUCUCCCUCUUUUAUGGGACAGGUAUCUUCAACUACAUGCGCUUGGGUUCAGAGGAAGCAUCAGACAAAGAUAAAGGGGUUGCAAUUUUCAACAGUGUCAUCAAUCCAAUGCUGAACCCACUCAUUUACAGCCUCAGAAACCCUGAUGUCCAGGGAGCUCUAUGGAGACUACUUGGGAGGAGAACAUCCCUGACAUGA